ACAUUAUGUGAAAACUAAAUAUAGCAUCAGAUACUAUGCACACUAUGUUAAUGGAUAUAAUUGUUUACUAUGUUGACAUCUAUAGAAUGAUAGAACAGAACACUGAUAUUUUAUUUUUGAAGAUAGAAACAAAACAAGCAUGGUAAUUAGCAUAGUGAGAAAGAGAUUCUGCUCAGAAGCUUCUUGAUUUUUUUCUCUAGCUUACACCCUUAGUUGAUGCAUUAUAUAUAAGUGCAUGCUUUUGUGAUUAAGCUUUGUAUGUGAAAAGCUUUAGAGGAACAUAGUGAGGUGAAGAAAAUAAUGGGAAAUAAAAUGGCAACAUACAACAAGUACAAAAGUUUCUUGUUCUUUAUCAAAAAGUACAAGGUGACUGAGCUUGUUCCACCUCAGGAACUCAAGGAGGUUUUUUCCAAGUUUACCGGAGGAGGAUUAUACAUGUCGACUGAACAGCUAUACCAAUUUCUUGUGGAGCAUCAAAGCGAGGAUAAUUUGACCUUAUCGGAUUCAGAGAAAAUUGUUGACAAGGUUUUGCUUCUAAGAAGGACUCAUACAGAAAGUGUUUGUGUUGAUCAAAGUAGAGAAAGGGAAAUCACCCUUGAUGAUAUCUUCCGUUUUUUGCUCCUAGAUGAUUUCAAUGGUCCUUUAAAAAAUGAGGUACAUCAUGAUAUGAGUGCUCCAUUGUCACAUUAUUUCAUAUAUACAGGACACAAUUCCUAUCUUACAGGAAAUCAAUUGAGCAGUGAUUGCAGUGAAGAGCCAAUCAUAAAGGCUUUACAACGAGGCGUGCGCGUCAUCGAACUCGAUUUAUGGCCAACUUCUAAUAAAGAUGAUAUUAAAGUUGUUCAUGGAUGGACUCUCACAAAUCCUGUCUCACCUAUCAAAUGUUUGGAGUCAAUAAAGAAAUAUGGUUUUGUUGCAUCUCAAUAUCCUGUGAUCAUAACUAUAGAAGAUCAUCUUACAAAAGAACUUAGACCUAAAUUUGCAGAAAUGGCAACACAAAUAUUUGGAGAAAUGCUUUAUUAUCCUCAGCCAAAUUGUUUAUCAGAAUUCCCUUCACCAGAAUCAUUGAAAAAUCGAGUUAUUAUAUCGACCAAACCACCCAAAGAACGUUUUGAGUCCAAUCGCAUCAAGGACAAUUCCAACUAUCCUGUGAUGGAUGGAAGUGGUGAUUCGUCUUCAGACGAAUCAUCAGGAAAGGUAUCACCAGAUUCUACUAGUGAAGUGGAGAUUAAGGGCGCGAAUGGAAGAGAUCGCGAUGAGGGAGAGACAUGUGCAUCAUGUGAAUGUGAUAAAAGAUUAUAUCAAGUGUGCUCACCUGAUUACAAAAGUUUAAUAACAAUUCAUAAUAAGAAACUCAAGGGUAGCUUGAAAGAUAAAUUGAAAACUGAUGGUGAACUUAGACGCUUAAGUUGGAGUGAAACAACCUUAGAAAAGGCUUCAGAAUCUCAUGGAACAGACAUCAUUAGGUUCACACAGAAAAAUAUCCUUAGGGUAUAUCCGAGGGCGACACGUGUCAAAUCAUCAAAUUUCAAGCCACAUAUUGGGUGGAUGUAUGGAGCUCAAAUGGUUGCAUUCAAUAUGCAGGGGCUUGGCAAAUCACUCUGGUUGAUGCAGGGAAUGUUCAGAGCAAAUGGUGGAUGUGGCUAUGUAAAAAAACCUGAAAUUCUAAUGCAGAAACUUCAAUGUGACAAUGAUUUUGUUCCUACAAGGAUAAUGCCAGUGAAGAAAACAUUAAAGGUGAAAAUAUACAUGGGACAUGGUUGGAGCUUAGAUUUCAGUCCCACACACUUUGAUAUGUUCUCUCCACCAGACUUUUACAUAAAGGUCCGAAUUGUUGGUAUGCCAGCUGAUAUUGCAAAGAAGAAAACAAAGGUAAUAACAGACAAUUGGUUUCCUGUUUGGGAUGAAGAGUUUGAAUUCCCUUUAACUGUUCCAGAGAUUGCUUUACUUCAGAUACAAGUAAAAGACAAAGAUCAAGGAAAAGAUGAUUUUGCUGGUCAAACUUGUUUGCCAGUAUCAGAGCUAAAACUUGGAUUUAGAUCAGUCCCUUUAUAUAAUGAAAAGGGUGAACAAUUUAAAUCUGUAAAGUUGUUAAUGCGAUUUCAAUUUGAAUGAAUUGUAAAUAAUUUUUCAUUUUUUUAUGUUAAUAGUUAAUUUGUUGGGGGAGGAACGAAAUAUUAGUAGUUGAGAUCGAACUGUGAAGCCUGAACUACUGGACCAUAAAGUUGGCAAGGAAAUUGAUAUUCAAGUCCAAAAUAUUUUAAUUUAGUUUUGGUCAAGGAAAUAAUAGGACACAGUAGAUUGAUAUUCUAGUCAUUCAAAAUUGUGGGGUAGAUAUUCUGUAUGGACCACAAAAUUGGUAUAAUCAUGUUCCUUGAGAAUGUGCUUGUUCUGCCUCUGAAGUCUUUAAUUGGAAGCAAAUUCUAUAAUUGAAACUGUGUAAUGUAUGAUGUAUAGUUGUCUCA